AGAACGAAAAGGGCAAAACGACUAGGGUUUAGAGAAAGGGGAUUAUUGUGAAUCUGGCGACGGAAUGAAAAAGGUGUCGAAAUUGCAAUCGCAAAGGAAUGCCUGGAAGUUUCUCGGCAAUACGUCGCCGAAGCGUAAAUCGAAGCUGAUUCCAGAAUCAACGGAGAAGAUGAUGAUGAUGAUUCCAGAAUCAACGGAAACAACGGAGAAGAAGCUGAUUCCAGAAACGACGGAGAAGAAGAAUAGAAAUUGGAACCGGCGAGGGUUUGGUGCUCCAAGCGUCUGGUACGACGGAGUUCCCACCGCAGAUAAUGCUUUUAUCAUCCCAAAAAUGAAAGAAGCUGCUCAAUUAGCCAUUGAUGUCUACAACGACACACAUGUGAAGAAAUACAGAUUUGUGGAGCUGAAGAGAGUAACUGGACAAACAAUAACUGCUAUAAUCACUUUUACAGCUAAGCCUCAGGAGGAUGAUGGUGAAGAUGAUGAUAAUAAUCUCUUAAUUUUUCGAGCUAGGGUAACUACGUCUAUAAAUCUGUUAUCUUUGUUCUAGUUGUCCCUUAUUA